CAUCCAAAAAGACACACCAAGCAUUGAAUUUUAUAUUAAAGAUCGCAUCAUUGAUGAAUCUCAGUUUAGUAGAAUUUUAAAACCCGUCUGUUGAGGAUCGUUGUUUUUUUGUACUGCCGCAUGAUCGCCCGUCCAUCUGUUGGAGUAUAACUAAGAAGAGUUUUAAUUUUUUAUUUCUGUGUUUCAAUAUGAAAUAUUCUAAAGCACUGCCUUUAAUCGCUGUCAUUCUGACAGCGUUUUGUAUACAGUGCUCAGUGGCUAAAGCAAAUGAGCAAUGCAUGACGCCUGACCGAGCCAAUGGCCAAUGCCGUAACCUUGUAGAAUGUCCCCAACUGUUGCAAUUGCUGAGAAAUACCAAUAGAUCUCCGCAACAAACCCAAUAUCUGCAACAAAGUAUGUGUGAUCAAAUUGGCUCGUUGGUCUAUGUAUGUUGUAAAGUGGAAAGUGUGGCCGGCGCUCGAGCCACCUCAAACCUCUUGCCUUCCACCCGAGAUUGUGGAAAGUCCUUUGACAAUCGUAUCCAUGGUGGCAACGUUACACGUAUCGAUGAAUAUCCAUGGUUGGCCCUGAUUGAAUAUACAAAACAUCAACCCUGCCGGAAUCCAAACAAUGAAGCUGGAACCUGCGUUAGUCUCUUGGAAUGUCCUCCCUUGUUGAAUCUUUUGAAGAAUGUUGGUAGAACCCAAGCAGAAACCAUGUUUCUGCAACACAGUCAAUGCGAUUAUGUGGGUUCCACUGUUUAUGUUUGCUGUGUUUUGCAAAGCGGUAGCCGUUUCCUAAAAGCUGAAUUGCCAACAACACGCGAAUGUGGCAAAUCGUUCGAUAAUCGCAUUCUUGGUGGAAAUGUUACCAGAAUCGAUGAAUAUCCCUGGGUGGCAUUAAUCGAGUAUACCAAACCCUUCAAUGAAAAAGGUUUCCACUGUGGUGCAGCUCUCAUCAGCAAACGUUAUGUCAUAACGGCGGCACAUUGUGUAACCGGUGCUGGUAUCCCCGCCGAUUGGCGCCCAACUGGCAUUCGUCUAGGCGAAUGGGAUCGCAACACCAAUCCCGACUGUGAACGUCUUAUCAAUGACCAAUAUGACUGUGCCGAUCCUUACAUAGAUGUUGCCAUUGAAAAGAUCACUGCCCAUCCCAUGUACAGAUCUAACGACAAGAAUCAUCUGUACGAUAUUGCCCUGAUUCGUUUGAGUCGAAACAUUGAAUAUACCGAUUUCGUUAGUCCUGUAUGUUUGCCCGUUCAGCAAGAAUUGCGUUCGCGAACCUUUGAAGCUCUAAAAUUGGAUGUGACUGGAUUCGGCACCACCGAGGACAGCCGUAGCAGUGAUUUGAAGUUGAAGGCAGGCGUUGAUGCUUGGAAUCUUGAAGAUUGUCGUCGCAAGUACUCACCAAAAGGUGUGUUCCUUGACAACUCACAGAUGUGCGCCGGCGGUGUGGAGGGUGUUGAUUCGUGUCGUGGUGAUUCCGGUGGACCAUUGGUCAUUAAGCAACGUGUUGAAAAUCGUGAUGUUUAUGUUUUGGCCGGUGUUGUGUCAUUCGGACCGACUCCAUGUGGUUUGCCAGGUUGGCCUGGGGUCUAUACCCGUGUUGGAGCCUAUGUCGAUUGGAUUUCGAAUAACUUAGAACCCUAAAUAUAAGAUACUCUUGUGUGCAACGAAUUUUUUGAAUACAUUUUGAAUAAAACUUUUUGUAUCGCCCUACAUUUUAAAUUUCAA